AUAGCAUACCAAGAAAUGGUCAGUAGCUCUACAGGAACUUCUACGCAAUAUAAGGUGGUGGCUAAAUGGCUAAAUGUGUCGUGUAAAACCAACAAAAGUGACUUGCCAUCCAUAGGUAAACCAACCCCACUUUCUCGUUUUCUUAUGCUCCUAUAUAUCUUCUUCUCGACUUCUCUCAUGGUGUAUUUUGAUGAUCAAGAAUUCAAAGAUAAGGGGUGCCAGCAUCGCAUGUAUUGUUGGCAUUUUUCGAUAAUGGAUGAACCUGGGGCUUCUAGUUCGUAUGAUGAUGCUAAAAAUAGUUUAACUUGUCCUAGAGGUCACUGGAGACCUGCUGAAGAUGAGAAACUUAGGCAACUUGUUGAGCAAUAUGGUGCUCAGAACUGGAAUUCUAUUGCUGAGAAGCUAGAAGGAAGAUCAGGGAAGAGCUGCAGAUUGAGGUGGUUUAAUCAACUCGACCCUAGAAUCAACAGGAGACCAUUCACAGAAGAAGAAGAGGAGAGGUUACUGGCAGCUCAUCGUUUUCAUGGAAAUAAAUGGGCUCUUAUAGCCAGAUUAUUUCCAGGUCGAACUGACAAUGCUGUGAAGAACCACUGGCAUGUAAUAAUGGCAAGAAAACAAAGGGAACAAUCCAAACUAAGUGGAAAAAGAAGUUAUCAUGAAGGUUUACGUGAGUCCAACUCCUCCACCCCUGACGAUUUUCAUCCAAGUAAAUCAAGAUCUGAAGAUCUGUUUAGCUCAAGAAUUGGAUUUGAAAACAGCACUAGAGUCUUGGAAUUUCGAAACCCCACUGCAGAUUCCUGGACUUUUGCCCCAUCAAACUGUUCCUAUUCAGUAGCUGAUCAUUUAUCACCCAGAAAGGAAGGAAUAGAUUUCUUCAAUAAUUCUAGUUUUUACACUACCAAAAACUCCAAAAUUUCAGAUCACCAAUCCAUUUAUAGAUGCUAUCCAAAUUCUUCCAUGUGUCGGAGUUCAACUGUUGUGGGGCUUCCAAACUACAAAAGGGUUGUUCUACGUCCUUUUGGGUGCUUAAACUUUGAAGAGGAUCGUGAAAACCAUGGAAUGAUCAAGAAAGAUCUCGCCAGUUUUUGCUAUAGCUCAUCCGCAUUCAAGAAAAAUAACCAGGCAGAACAAGGAGAUCAAGGAUCUGUCAGACACAAGGAGGUUCAAUUCAUUGAUUUUCUUGGCGUGGGUAUAUCUUCUUGAUCACCAAACAAGACUCUUCUUUUUCUUUGAAAUUAUAUAUUUUCACAUAAAUGGUACGUAAUUUUAGCUUCACUCUUUCAUCAUCUUGUGAAUAAUCUGUUGAUGGCAUCCAAAUGAAGUAGCAGUAGUUCAUCUGUCA